GAAGCUGCUUACGCCGACACUCUGAAACGGGUAGAGGAGCAGGGUGAGAAUCAGUCGAAACUUGCCGUGCGAACAUUGAUCUGGGUUCCUCGAUCCGAGCGGCCGGUACGAGUCGAUGAGCUUUCCCAUGCCCUGGUAGUGGAAACCGGGUCUAUCCAUCAUAAUCCCGAUGAAGCUCCAUCGAUUCAGACCAUAUUAGGCUGCUGCUCAAGGCUUAUCGCUUUUGACAGCGAAGCUUCGGUUGUGCGACUGAAACGCUUUACCUUCCUGGCGUAUUUGUGCGAACAUUCGACCAUUUUCGCGAGUCCCCAUGGAACCAUCGCAGAAGUGUGUUUGACCUAUCUCGGCCUCUGGUCCAUCAAGGACCUAUCGGCCACCACCUCCGGAGAUAUGAUGAAAACUCCAUUUCUUGAAUACGCAUCUCAUGACUGGAGGACCCACGCCCGAACGGAAACCACAAGUGCGGGAAACUCAUUUGCGGCCAAACUUCGCGAUCAAUUUGAUACCGAUAUAUCGGCUAGGUUGCUCCUUUCGAAGAUACACUAUGAGAAGGGAUGGUUUUGGGACGGAUAUGAGGCCCGAUACGCGAGGAAUACUGGACUGCACGCCAUACUAUUCUUGGGAAUUAGAGAGAUCACAACCCCGUUACUGAAGGUCAAAGAUAGGGAUAGAAACGGAAGGGAUUUCGCCGGCCGCAUACGAUUAACAUGGGCUACGAUGAGUGGAACCUUCCAGGUGGUGGAUAUGUUAUUGGGUCUAAGAGGAGUGAGCGCCGAGGGGAAAGACAAUGAAGGCUGAACAGCGCUCUCGUGGGCCACCGGGAAUGGCGGCCAGUGGAUAGCACUGUUACUCAUGAAAAGCGACUCGACCACUUCCCGUAUUGUGGAUAGCAACGGCCGAACGCCACUUCUUUGGGCGGCGCAGAGCGGGAAAGAGGAUAUAAUAAAGUUUUUUUUGGGAAAGGAUGUGGAUAUCGAUUGGGUGGACAACCUCGGCCAGACACGGCUCAUAUAUGCGGCCGGAAAUGGGCAUGAGGGGGUGGUGGGGAUUUUGCUGCAGAGGGGGAGAGCCAGGAAGGACACCGCGGACACCGACGAUGGAACACCACUCUCGUGGGCAGCUGGUGGAGGGCUUGAGGGCGUAGUGAUGUUGCUAGUCGAGUGGAAGGAGGUUAACCCCAAUGCGACGGAUAUCCGAUACGGCAUAAUGCUGCAAUCUUGGGCGGCCGGCAAUGGGUACGAGCAACUAAUCAAAUUAGCGCUCGUGCAUCGUGAGAUCAUUCCGGAGCUGGUAGACAAAGGAGGCCGAAUACUAUGCUCGUGGGCAGCCCAGUACGGGGACCGGGGCAUCGUGAAGAUGCUAAUGGGACGGCCACAGGUCAAUCCGAUGACCCGCGGUCACAAUAGGCUGACGCCAACACCGUGGGCUACCGAGCACUG